AUCCAUAAUCUACCUCAGAGGUUUCUUCCCUCCAAUAAUAGCUCACAUUUGAAGACCAUUUCCAAGCUCCCCAAAACCCAAACCCAAAUCCAAAUUCCACCCCAACAUUCCAACAAACUCAAAAUCCUCUUCCUUAUCAUCAAAACCGCAAACCUUCCCAUGAAGAUGAUCUCAUUUCACUCUCAAAUGUCUAUUCUCCGAUUCCUCCUUCUUGUAUUAAGCUUAGGUUUUGCCACUUCCAUAACCAUCAACAAUGAAACCUCUGCACAUAGAAAUCUGGCUACUAAUCCUCUGUGUCCAUGGGACACAGCUUCCCUCCAAAAACUCAUCGACCAAAACCACCUCCCAUUUCCAUCACAGGACAUCUCCACUGAGUGCCAGUACAUGCUUCAAGGAAUUCGUCUCCUUCGAUCCGAUUAUCUCCGAACCAACGGCUCCUUCUCUCUGCCUCCAAAUGUCUUGGAUGCCUGCUGGGAUUCAUAUGAAGAUUUAGUCCACCAGUUCAUACCAGGAUUCCAGAUCAAAUCGAGUUGCGGCUACAAGACCAACUUCAUUUCCAACACUUGUAUGAACAUAACAAGUAGAUCUGAUUUUGAAAAUUUGGUUCCGGCUUUCCAGUUGCAGCAAAUCAAGUCCUCUUGUGACCAGUCUCUGAAGAACGAUUCGGCUUGUGCUUCUUGUGUGGAUAGCUUGAAUAGUGUUAGAUCAUCUUACUUCGAAGGAUCAGGUGAUGGGAAUGUUUCGGAUUGUAAAGGGUACCCUUAUAUAUAUGCUGCAGCUUUUGCUAACAGGUUUGGACCAGAUGACAUAGGCACUGCAAAGUGUGUGUUCUUGCUUGAUUUUAGUUCAGCUAGUCGAAAAUCCAAGAACCCACGUGCAGUGAUGUGGGGGAUUUUGUCCGGUUGUGUUGAUGGUUUUGUUGGGGCAGUUGUGGUGGUUUGGCUUCUUUGGGUGUGGCAUAAGAAAUGGAGGAAGAGGAGGAGAGAUAGCUUGGCUCGAGUCGAGGUACAGCCAGAUGUGGAGAGUGGUACUAAUUCGUCGUCGUUGAAGUUCAGUUUCGAAGAAAUUCGAAAGGCAACAGGUAAUUUUUCUAGGGAGAACAUAGUUGGUAUGGGUGCAUAUGGAAAUGUCUACAAGGGAGUGUUGCCAGAUGGGUCUGAAGUUGCAUUGAAAAGGUUCAAGAACUGCUCUGCUGCUGGAGACGAAGUUUUUGCACAUGAAGUUGAGGUCAUUGCUAGUGUUAGACAUGUGAAUCUUGUAGCGUUACGAGGCUAUUGCACCGCGACGGUGCCUAUGGAAGGGCAUCAGAGAAUAAUAGCUUGUGAUCUAAUGAGAAAUGGAAGCCUAUAUCAGCACCUUUUUCAGCCAGGAUUCAAGAAGUUAACUUGGUCAAUUCGACAAAAGAUUGCGCUAGGAGUCGCUCGUGGAUUGGCAUAUUUGCACUAUGGAGUGCACCCUGCUAUAAUUCAUAGAGACAUCAAAGCGAGCAAUGUACUUCUAGACGAAGCAUUCGAGGCAAAACUAGCUGAUUUCGGGCUUGCAAAGUUCACACCAGAGGGACAGACACAUAUGAGUACAAGCGUAGCCGGUACUCUUGGAUAUGUAGCUCCUGAGUAUGCUUUGUAUGGGCAGUUAUCCGAGAGAAUCGAUGUGUAUAGCUUCGGGGUUGUGCUUCUUGAGCUUUUGAGUGGGAAGAAAGCAGUUGUGGAAGUUCUUGAUGACAAUAGGCCUUUGUUGUUGGCAGAUUGGGCAUGGUCACAGGUUAGGGAAGGUGGGGCUUUGGGUGUUAUUGAAGAAGGGAUGCCAGAGUUGGGUGUGCCAGAAGUGAUGGAGAAGUAUGUGUUGGUUGCUGUGCUUUGCUCUCACCCUAUACCAUAUGCUAGGCCAACAAUGGAUCACAUUGUGAAAAUACUUGAAAAUGAUGAUACUCCAGUUCCUUCUAUUCAAGGCCGCCCAUUCUCUCUUUUAGCACAAAUGGAUGAUACAGAGAGAUCAUCAAGAAGCUAG